UCAAAUUUUCGGCUCGCGAAAACUUGCAGCUUCCGGCAAAUGGAAUGGCCAAAUCAGCUGCGAUAAAGCCAACUCUCCCGGCCACCUUCAAUGCUUCAGAUCGAGCCGCAGUCGCAGAUCCAUUUGCCUCCAAAAGCUCUCGGGCUUCUUCCACCUCCCGGCAUGCCUUGACUGUCCUCGCAUGGCCCCAAUCCACUCCUCAGCUCGCUAAUCCGUCUUGGAACUCCCUUCAAACAUGAGUUUGGAGCUUGGGAACUUGCUCUUCAUCUGUUACUGAGGAAUUCGGGUUUCGUUUGGCGGAAUGGAGUUCACGGAAGCGUACAAGCAGUCGGGUCCUUGCUGCUUCUCUCCCAACGCGCGCUUCAUUGCCGUCGCUGUUGAUUAUCGCCUCGUUAUACGUGACACAUUGUCGCUCAAGGUCGUACAGUUGUUUUCAUGCUUGGAUAAAAUAAGCUACAUAGAAUGGGCCCUAGAUUCUGAAUACAUACUUUGCGGUCUCUAUAAAAGACCAAUGAUACAGGCAUGGUCGUUAAUUCAACCUGAAUGGACAUGUAAAAUAGAUGAGGGUCCUGCUGGUAUUGCUUAUGCUAGGUGGAGCCCAGAUAGUCGGCACAUACUGACUACGUCUGACUUCCAACUUCGGUUGACAGUUUGGUCAUUGGUCAACACAGCAUGCGUACACGUGCAGUGGCCAAAGCAUGCUUCCAAGGGGGUCUCUUUCACUCAAGAUGGAAAAUUCGCUGCAAUAUGCACAAGACAUGAUUGCAAGGACUACAUCAAUCUUUUAUCUUGUCAUAAUUGGGAGAUAAUGGGUGUUUUUGCUGUUGAUACUCUAGACUUAGCUGAUAUCCAGUGGUCACCAGAUGAUAGUGCAAUUGUCAUAUGGGAUUCACCUCUUGAAUACAAGGUUUUAGUAUACUCACCAGAUGGGAGGUGCCUGUUUAAGUAUCAAGCCUAUGAAAGUGGAUUGGGAGUGAAAAGCGUUUCUUGGUCUCCUUGUGGACAAUUUCUAGCCAUUGGUAGCUAUGACCAGAUGUUAAGGGUCUUGAGUUACCUCACUUGGAAAACAUUUGCUGAAUUCACGCAUCUAUCUAAUGUUCGUGCUCCAUGUUGUGCGGCCAUCUUUAAGGAGGUAGAUGAGCCCUUGCAGAUUGGCAUGUCUGAAUUGUCUUUAAGUGGUGAUUAUAUGCAAGGCAAUUCUGGAGAUGCUCCGGAGGGACAUUACAGUGUCAGGUAUGAUGUUACAGAAGUUCCAAUUACUUUGCCUUGCCAGAAGCCUCCAGCAGACAAACCGAAUCCCAAACAAGGAAUUGGUCUUAUGUCGUGGAGCAAUGACAGCCAGUAUGUAUGCACUCGCAAUGAUAGUAUGCCCACCAUUCUUUGGAUCUGGGACAUGCGCCAUCUUGAACUUGCUGCCAUCUUGGUUCAAAAGGAUCCUAUCCGAGCUGCAGUUUGGGACCCUACAUGCACUCGCCUCGUCCUUUGCACGGGAAGCUCACACCUGUACAUGUGGACUCCUUCAGGUGCCUACUGUGUCAGCGUCCCCCUAUCUCAGUUUAAUGUAACAGAUUUGAAGUGGAAUUCGGAUGGGAGCUGUCUUUUGCUCAAGGACAAGGAGUCAUUUUGCUGUGCUGCAGCGCCACUGCCGCCAGAUGAAUCUAGUGAUUAUAGCUCAGACGAUUGAGGCGUCAAUGUGUUUUCUCCAGAGCGACAUGGACUGUGCAAACUGCAGUUGUUGGUAGGACUGUAUAUUUAGGCAUGUUAGAUCUACCGGAUAGAGAUGACUUUCCGGCGUUGUAUAAUUCUUUGUAGUUGGGAUGAUUAGCUUAUGUGAGUUAAAUUAGUGACAAUCGAUUUGCCGAUUUGAAUU